AUGGCCGCUGUCCAUCGUCCUGCCUGCGCUUCCUGCAGCUCACUGCUGCUCGCCUCCCUGCUCCUCAUCGCCAUGGCCAUACUCGCCCUCGCCGCCGUGGGCAAGGGCGUGGGAGAGCCCGACCCGGACCCCGAGCGCGGCGGCGGGAGCCCCAUGGACUGCCCGAUAGAGUGCGCCUUGAAGCUGACCGGCUACAUCAUGGAGACCAUCAAGUGCUACGCGGCGUGCAUGGGAGGAGGAGGAGGGGAGCUGAGUGCCGCUGAGGAGAAGCACGCGGCGGCCGUCAUGCGUGGGGUGUGUCGUCAGCGCGUGCUGGGGUGA